GGGCGGGCUGGCGCGGGGCGGCCGCGCCCCUGGCUGGCAGUGCUCGCUAAGAUGGCGGAUUUCCUGCCGUCCCGCUCCGUGCUGUCGGGCUGCUUCCCCGGCUGCCUGCUCACCAGCGGCGAGGCCGAGCAGCAGCGCAAGUCCAAGGAGAUCGACAAGUGCCUCAACCGCGAGAAGACGUACGUGAAGCGCCUCGUCAAGAUCCUGCUGCUGGGCGCGGGGGAGAGCGGCAAGUCCACCUUCCUCAAGCAGAUGCGGAUCAUCCACGGGCAGGACUGGGACCGGGCGGCCCGCGAGGAGUUCCGCGCCACCAUCUACAGCAACGUGAUCAAGGGAGUGAGAGUCCUCGUAGAUGCCAGAGAGAAACUUCAUAUCCCUUGGGGAGAUCCUGCAAACCAGAGCAACGGAGACACGAUGAUGGCUUUUGACACUCGCUCGGUCACGGUGGUGCAAGGCAUGGUGGAGACGGCCGUGUUCCUGCAGUACCUGCCAGCCAUCAGGGCUCUCUGGGCAGACAGUGGCAUCCAGCACGCCUACGACAGGCGCCGGGAAUUCCAGCUGGGGGAAUCUGUAAAGUAUUUCUUGGACAACUUGGAUAAACUUGGAGAACAAGACUAUCUUCCCUCACAGCAAGAUAUACUGCUGGCACGAAGACCCACAAAAGGGAUUCACGAGUACGACUUUGAAAUAAAAAAUGUUCCUUUCAAAAUGGUUGAUGUAGGUGGCCAGAGGUCAGAACGGAAGCGUUGGUUCGAGUGCUUCGACAGUGUCACAUCAAUACUCUUCCUUGUUUCCUCAAGUGAGUUUGACCAAGUGCUUAUGGAGGAUCGGCAGACGAAUCGCCUCACGGAAUCCCUGAACAUUUUUGAAACAAUAGUCAAUAACCGGGUUUUCAGCAACGUCUCAAUCAUUCUCUUCUUAAACAAGACGGACUUGCUUGAGGAAAAAGUACAGAAAGUGAGCAUCAAAGACUAUUUUCCAGAGUUUGAAGGGGAUCCCCACUGCCUAACAGAUGUCCAGAAAUUCCUGGUGGAUUGUUUUCGUACCAAACGCCGGGACCAGCAGCAGAAGCCCCUCUACCACCACUUCACCACUGCUAUUAACACAGAAAACAUCCGGCUAGUUUUCCGUGAUGUCAAGGAUACCAUCCUUCAUGACAACCUCAAGCAGCUUAUGUUACAGUGAUGUGCAAAAAAGACAUUUUUAUUUGAGUAACUUUUGUGUGUUGUUUUUUGUUGUUUUUUUUUUAACUAGAAGUUUACAGCAGGAGUAGAGAAAUCCAGAUCCUGUCAGACUUCUUGAUACGUGGCUAAAAGCUGCUGCUGAACACAUUAUUGCCAAUUUCUGCAGAAAUUCAGGCUUAAUCUCUUCCAGUGUAGCUUCAAGUUGACUCAAGUUGUAAUUUUAUAGCAGACCUAUGUCUAAUUUACCUGUAAAGCGAUACAUUUGAUCUUUUAUGAACAUGUAUAUUGUCCUAGAAAAUCCAUUCCACCUUCAGAAUUCCAAGUCCAAACUUCAGUGAAAUUGUUGUAAUUGUUAGACUGUGGCAGCAAUUUAAAGGGGGAGAAAUGUCUCACAUCUAACUUCAUUAUGACAACUGUGAUACCAUAGCUGAUGAAUGAUUUCUCAGGUCUGUUGUUGGUUAGGAAUCCCAUAAAUCCCUUGCUGGAAUCAUGUAUUUGAAGCCAGGAUUCCUGGGUGUAACGUACCUCCUGUUCAAGUAUAAAUCAUUGUGUGGGGUUUGACUGGGAGAUGCUUCAAAAAGACUUGGAUCAGGAGCUUCAGACACAUCUGUGAGGAAGUCCUGACGUGGGCAGAAGUCUAGUGAUGAGGAAGGAGUGAAGGGCACAGGGCACGUUUCACUCUGACGCCUUGAACGUACGUCCUAGAGCCAUAGCAAAGCACAGAGCACUCGGAUACAGCCCUCUUGAAAUUCUGAUGUGGGAGGGGGGAGCAAACUAAACUUGUGUUUCUUAUCUUCACUAACCAGAUGUUACAUGUAGGUACUUUACCUGUUCUUGAAGCGCUUUAAUAGAGCACUGGGUUAGUUUUACUCUCUUCAUGCCUUCUUACAGUGUGUGCCUCCUCUUAAUCAGUGGGCGUUUGGUGACGGAUAGAAGUUCUUGCAAACCUAAGUGCCUCCUUCUGUUCUGUCCUCCUACAGUAUUUUCAGUGGCCUUAUGUGAGCAUAUGUGUUGCCAGCAGAGGCCUUGUAUAGCUGACACCAUGAAGAUGAAUGUUUUAUUCUGGAAAAGAGAACAUGUCACAGCAGAAUGUGAGGUUCUUUCUGAGACUUUCCAAUUGGGUCUAGUAAUCCUAAGUGUACUUGAGCCAAAUAGGUUGCACAGCACACUGCAGAGUGCUGCUUGUGACUGAGAAUAUUUAACCAAAAAGUUCCAUUGUAGUUUCAUUUCUUUUUUUAACAUUUUUUGUUAGAGGGGGUUGUUACUGUUGCCAUGUGGAAAAUACUUCUUGCCCAGAAAUCCUCAUACACCACAGACCAUGCUGCAGACUGAGAGUAAGGUCGUGUUUUAAAAAGUGGUGCCAAUGCUGAGUUUCCCCCAGAGUGCAGUGUCGUGUUCAGCUUCCCACCUUGCCCUAUGGAACUGGCCAAUUCCUGUGGAUCAUGAUGCUGGCCAACACUUUCUUAAAUGAAUUUUUAUGAACAUAUCCAGGUGUGGGAAGCAGUGUGCCAUCCUGUUCUCACUGCUUGGAGCGGUGCCCCUGCUAGAACAUAGGAAAGCUGCCUGUCUUCUGAACUUAGCCUUUUACUUACUGUGAUUGUAAGUUGUAUUAACAUCUCUGUACCUCGUUCCCCUGUCAGUAGGAGGGGACUAUUGUAUUUUUAUUUAGUUAGGUGCUUUGAAAGACCUUUAUUUUUUUAUAUCAUUCAAUGAGUAGUCAUAGAUUAGUCUGCAAUUUCUGCAAUAAGGCACUAUUUUGGGAAGAAAGAAUUCUGAAAAGAGCUUGAGAAGUCACAGUGCAUAAUCUCAAUAGCAAAAGAAAGACUGGGUGCAACACUGAUGUCAGGAGCAUUAAUAAAAUCUUCAGACAGGGAUAUUUAAUGUAGAUUUUGUGUCCUUACUGGAUAUGGUUACUUCUGGUUUGGUGUCUUCAGGUCAUAUGUGAGCAGUUCAAGAAGGAUGAUGAACUAGAGGCUUCAGAAAAGGCUCGUGAGGCAAUUUUAAGGGUUGGACAGCAUGCCUGUCGUGAGAAUCCCCAAGUUGGCCGUUUCCCCCUUUGGGAAAGGAUGACAGAUUGAUUUGGUUUAGCUAUAAAUGCUGCAUGAGCAGAUGACAAACCUCUGUCCAGUAGCCUCAAAGUCUACUGCUGGAAAGCAGAAAUUGAACAAAACCCUGCCCUUGCUAGUCAACAAGAGGUGGAGUAGGUUGUUGUGUUGUUUUGGUUUUUUUUUUUCCAUUGCUGACAAUUAUCUGAACAAGUUUCUUUCAAAAGAGACUUUGUUCUGAUUAAAAUAAAUAAUUUGGAGAGGGUCUGUAGUAUGUGUUUUGCAGGGUGUCAGACUAAUGAUUGCACAAAAGACUGAAGACUGGAUAGUGAUGAAGAUUAACAGGAAUUUGUCUAAACAAAUGUGGUUUUUUUAAAUGUUGAUGAAUUUGGGGUCAAGGGACCUGUUUAUUUGCUAAAGAUCCUCAAAACUAGUGUCAGACUAAGGAUAUAGUCAGUAUCACCAAGGCACUGGGCACUUCUGACAUGAACUAAAGUGGGAAAAAUAUUCAGCAGGCUUUCCCCUGAAUGAACAAACAAAAAACCUUGGUUUUAAUCCUUUCAGAUCACUUUCCCUGGGAACACCAUGGCCUGUAAGAUAACAAGGUGGACCCCACACUGUUGGGUCACUUCUGACAAAGUAGGCCCUGGUAGAUAAGCACUAUAUGAAUCUCAGGCAGAAAUGAGCUAUUUUAAUGGAAUGACGGAGUCAAAUCACUUGUUUCCCACUCCCACUUCUCCAGAGGGGAUGAGGCAACGAACCUUGGUGUAACUGUUUACAUGGUUCCUAUGUUAACAUUCUGGUUAAACAAACCCUUGGGCUUUUCCAUCUUCAGACUUACUCUUCAUGAGCUACCUGAAAAGGAUCACAGUGCAUACUGUUGGAUUCCUUUUUAGAUUUGUUUCUAAAUACUGUUUCUUCAUAGCAGGAUAUUAUUUUGGUACAAGAGCUGAAGGAUUGAUGUUUUGAACAGACUUUAUUUUUUUAAUCCUGAAGCAAACAACUGGCUCACAGUUGGCUACUAAGAGUCAAGCAUGUUCAUGUCAACCAGUCUGUGGUACAAGGUCAGGACAGAUUUGUAGUAAAGGUGGGAAAGCAGGUAGAAAAAUCAAGUUUCCCAGAACUCUCCUAGUUCUUGUUGAUGGAGUGAGCUCUUUUAAACCUGCCUGAUCACUGAUCAAAUGGAGAUAUACCACUGUCUUGUACAGCCUUCCUGUACUUGAAGGUGAAAUUGGUGUUUUAGUGACUGUUCUCUGCUGCAGUGUGUUAGAUGAUUGAUACCUGAAAACUGUGGCUGUUCAUCAGGGCUUUACAAAUUUUACCUUUUUUUUUAUAUUGUUUGUGGGAGCAUAAGCCAUCAGUUUGUGUAAAACUUAAGCUUUCUUCUAGAGUAUCUGCUCUUAAAAAAACUAAGUCAGGUGGGUUCCUUGAUCUCAAAGGCUGUAUAUUGGACUCGUUUGUCUAGUCAGUAGCUUUACAUUUUGCCCAUCAGAAUUAUUCUAGCAAAUUGCUCAGAUCAGGUGGGUGUUUCAAGCUUCAUGACACUUGGCUAAUAAUAGUAUUCACGAUCAGUCCCUGAUAGCGUGGUCAAACUGCGUCUGCUUGUCAUGUUUGGGAGCAACUCACUGCUUGGAGACUGAGAACUGUGCAUGUUUGACAUGUCCAUUGCCCUCGGAAGGUUUCUCUGCUUAUUCCUCUUUCAGGACGGUUGCAGAAGGUUAAUUUUCCAACAAUAUCAUUUCCUGUUUCAAAAUGAUCCGAAGUUUCACACCGUACCAAACGGUUCACAAGUUAACUUUACAGGUCUUGGCUAUUUGAUGGUACCAUUAACAUAGUUUGUUUUAAUUACACAGCAUUGCAAUACAGUGCCAUUUUGCAAUUUCUUUGCAUUGUACUUGAAAAUAAGUUGAAUUGCAGACUAUUUAAAACCGCUUUCCUGCGCUUCCAGUAGCAGUGAGAGCUCAUCUUACGUGAAGCCUUUAUGUAAAAAUCUAUUUUGUAACAACCUCAUAGAUCUUUAACAAAACCAAGAUUUGUAUUAGCUUUGUAUAAAUGUUUGUGGCUUACAAUUUUAUAUGUUUAACUUUUUAUAAACUUUCCAGGGACUACUUUUUAUUGUACAUUUUUUUUGUUUGCCACCCCUUGCUUUAGUUGAAGAUUGGCAAUAAAUUAUUUCUAAGGGAGGUCUUAGAAGAAAAAGCAUCACUUCCUUUUUAUAAAACGGUUGAAUUGAUGAAUAGUUUAAAACCUCUUACACUCGCUUGUACAUUGCUCUGUACAUACUCUCCAAAAGUGUUGCCUUUCAGCUAUUAAUAUUUGCCUUGUGUACAAAAAUUACUGACGAUGAAUAAACAUAUACAGCCUCA